AUGUGUCUAUGUCUUUUCUGCUUCUCGUCAGCACAUACAGAUACAGAACGUUUUUUUCAGUUAGAAACGUGUCUGAAGCAUAUCUUUGCCAAAUAUUGCUCUCCAUCCGUCUCACGAUCGGAUAAGAAAACAUUGUUACAGCCACCAACCAACGCAACUCUCUCUCCAGAGGGCUUGGAUGCUUGGGCUAAAGACACCAACGGCGCCCCCUUCUCACAGGAAACGAAGGAUGAGCUCGCUGAAUUUAUGGACAUUGCUGAGGAUGGUAGUCUGACCUUGAAAGGAUUUUUACUGAUUUAUCAGUUACAAACUGAAAACGACGAGGAAGAAACUUGGCGGGAUCUGUCGAAACAUGGCUUUGAUAGGGCGUUGAACCUCAUCGGCUAG